UGGUGUUGCGGUGUGACGGGACCCUUGCGUUGUUUGCCAAGGCGGGUGUUAUCGAUAGGUCCGUUCGCGCCCUCUGUUCCUUGUCCGACUUUCGUCACUUGUCCCGCCAUUCUUCACUCACCAAACAGUCACUGUUUACAAGACAAUCACACACCCCGCUGGACUACUAUAAACCUCCGACCCCAAGCGGUAUUCGACACACCAAGCAACCAUGACAGUCGACGAAGCAAUCCAGGUCAACGGCGUGCCAGACCCCAACGCUGGUGUACUUGACGCGAAGAAAGCAGAAGAGAAGAAGUGGACAGUCGAGAGUGUCCUUUCAGAGAACGCACUCCAGUACGCCGAAAACACCGACUCACCCGUCCCCUUCUUCCACCUCCUCGAGCGCCUAAAGACGACCAAACGUGCGGGAUGGCAGCGUUUCGAAAUUGGCGAUGGCGAAUCUAUAUCCGACCACAUGUACCGCAUGAGCAUCCUCACCAUGAUGGCUCCUGCAUCAAUAAGCUCCAAGCUCGACAUCGCGCGAUGCUGUCGCAUGGCUGUUGUACACGACAUGGCUGAGGCGCUUGUCGGCGACAUCACACCCGUAGACGGAGUCUCCAAGGAGGAAAAGAGCAGGAGAGAGACCGAGACCAUGGACUACAUCUGCACAAACCUGCUUGGAAAGUUCAACGGUGGACUCAACGGCCAGGACAUUAGGGCGUUAUGGCAGGAAUACGAGGACAGCGAGACGGCUGAGUCGCACUUUGUGCACGACAUCGACAAGAUCGAGCUUCUAGUCCAAAUGGUCGAAUACGAGCGCACGUCCAAGUGCGAGCGAGAUCUAGGAGAGUUCCAGUGGGUCGCAAAUGUCAUCAAGAGCGAAGAGGUGAAGGCGUGGGCGCAACAGAUCUUCAGUGAGAGGGAUCAGAUGUGGAAAGAUGCCGGCAAGACACCAAAGCCUCUUAGUGCGUACAAGAAGUCUUGAGAGACAAUGGAGCAUGGUGCCCAGCACACUUGCAUGACCAUAGACGGGCUCCUUCACUGGCGCAUUUCACGAAGUAUGACGGUUUAGUAGACGGUAAUUGCAUCUUUAGAAUUUAUCUUCUUUUGCAUGUAAAGUUGAUG